AUGGUCAGGCCAGGCAAUCCAGUUAUUGUGCUCCACCUCCUCAGCAUAUUGGCACAAGGGGGAGCUACUACUCAGGAUAUUCUCUACCCCUUUGGAUCCAGCCAUCGGGAUCUAGAGACCCCCAAAAUGGAUGAUGGGAGUUCUCCAGAAGUUGUUCUGCUCAUCCCAUUCAUUUUCUUCAACAUACCCUACCGGUCCAUUUUUGUCAACAACAAUGGUGUGAUCUCCUUCAACGUGCAGGUGAGCCAAUUCACACCAGAGGCCUUUCCUCUGAGUGACAGUAGGUCAUUCAUUGCCCCCCUUUGGGCAGAUGUGCACAAUGGCAUACGUGGAGAUGUGUACUACCGUGAGACCACUGAAGCAGAGAUACUAGAGCGGGCUACUCAGGAUGUCCGCAAGUACUUCAAAAACAUGCCUACCUUCACAGCCACCUGGGUUUUCAUCGCAACAUGGCACCAGGUCACCUUCUAUGGAGGCAGCCAAACAACCCCGGUUAAUACAUUCCAGACCGUACUGAUCUCAGAUGGUGUGACAUUCUUCUCUAUGUUCAACUAUGGAGAAAUCACAUGGAGCACAGGGACAGCCAGCGGAGGAGAUCCUUUAACAGGACUGGGUGGGACAACAGCACAGUCAGGUUUCAACGGAGGGGACAUCGGCCACUUCUUCAAUCUGCCAGGGUCACGCUCAAAUGACAUAGUGAACAUUGAACAAACAACCAAUGUAAACCUUCCGGGGCGCUGGCUCUUUCGUAUAGAUGCUGAUCUGAUAGAUCCUGCCAAUGGAUGCAGCUACAAUGGUCGUUUUUAUAGAAGAGGUGAAAUCUUUUGGCUGUCUGACCAGUGUUCACAGCGAUGCCGGUGUCUAGAUACAAACAAUGAAGUCCUUUGCCAAGAGGCUCCAUGCGGACAACUGGAGAACUGCGAACAACAGGAGGGAGCCUUCUACUGCCAGCCUACCCGCACUAGCACUUGCGUUGUAUUUGGUGACCCCCAUUACCACACCUUUGAUGGCUUCCUCUACCAUUUUCAAGGCACCUGCUCUUACCUGUUGGCACGGCCCUGCUGGGAGGUGGCAGGGCUGCCCUUCUUUAGUGUGGAAGCCAAAAAUGAGAACCGCGGCGCAGCCUCUGUGUCUUGGCUCAGAGAUGUCACCGUGGAGGUGUACAGUCACCGAGUCACACUGCCCAAGGGCAGUCUGGGAACUGUCCAGGUGGAUGGUCUGAUGAAAACCCUGCCAGUCCAACUCCAGCAUGGUGCCAUCAGAGUCUAUCAGUCCGGGGUUGCUGUUGCAUUAGAAACAGACUUUGGACUGUUGGUAGCCUAUGAUGGCCAACACUAUGCAUCUAUCUCCCUACCAAGCUCCUACUUCAACAACACUUGUGGUCUUUGUGGUAAUUAUAACGAUGACCCUGCUGAUGACCCUGUGCUGCCUGAUGGCUCGCUAGCAGAGAGCGUGGUAGAGCUAGGCGGCAGCUGGCGAGCAGAGGAUACAGACUGGAGAUGUACUGACGGCUGUGACCAAAACUGCAGUGUAUGCGACGCAGUUACAGAAGCCUUUUACUUUCGCUCUGACUACUGUGGCCUGAUCAACAAAACUGAUGGUCCCUUUAGGGACUGUAGAGCCGUGGUUGACCCUACAGCUUUCGUCUAUAGUUGUGUAUAUGAUAUGUGCAGCAACAGAGACAACAUCACCACACUCUGUCAGGCUAUUCAGGCCUACACACUGGCCUGCCAGGCCUUGGGUGUCACCAUACGACCCUGGAGAUCUCGUAAUUUCUGUGCCUUGUCAUGUCCAGAGUUUAGCCACUAUGAGGUGUGCACAAGUGCCUGCCCUGCUUCCUGCUCGGACCUUACUGCUCCCCUGUACUGUGCCCAUCCUUGCACCGAGGGUUGCCAGUGUGACACAGGCUACGUCCUGAGUGGCAGCCGCUGUGUGCAGCAUGAAGAUUGUGGCUGCGAGCGGGAUGGCCUCUACUAUCCCUUAAAUGACACUUUCUGGGCAGGCCCCAGCAGUGAAGGUGGGGAAUGUACGCUCCGAUGCAUCUGUGGGCCUGCCGGGGAAAUCUCUUGCUUCAACGACUCCUGCAAGGAGGGCGAGGUGUGUAUGGCUGAGGUGGGCUUACUGGGCUGUUACCCUCGUAGGGAGGGAAUGUGCUCCAUCGCCCAGAACUCAGUGCUGUCAUCUUUUGAUGGCACUUUUCUGCCCUUCCCGGAUGACAGCUCCUACUACCUCCUUAAGCUAUGUGUCGCAGCACCAGCUAAUGUAUCAACUGUGGAGGUGAAGAUAGGCAGGCGACUGGUAAACAAAGGCCCCACUUGGAUAAGGCCUGUGGUUGUAAGGGUGGCCUACCUGGAAGCCCAAAUGGGAGGGUCGGAUUUAGAAACAGUGAAGGUGAAUGGAGAAGUGGUGGCGCUGCCAUAUGUCCACCCACUGGAGUUGAUGACAAUCUACAGAGCCCCAGGCAAUGCCACAGUGGUGGAGUCCAGUGGUCUGCUACGUGUCCAUUACACACGCCAGGGAUUUCUCAACAUCUCACUCUCAACAAUCUUCUAUAAUGCCACCUGUGGUCUGUGCGGUGUGUUCAACAGCAACACCACAGAUGACCUCCGCCUCCCCAGUGGACGUCUAGCAGAGUCCACCGAGCAAUUCACAGAGGGCUGGCGGGCCAUUGCAGAUGACCUCACCUGCAAUGGCGACUGCGACGAUCUCUAUCGUAUGUGCACAGACUUGCGUCUCUACCAGAGCCCCUGGAUGUGUGGGAACAUCAAUGACCCGGGGAAUAGUUCUUUCCUGGCAUGUCACGCAGCAGUUAACCCAUCACCGUUCUUCAGGAACUGCCUUUACAACAUGUGUGUGAAGGAGGGGAACCGUUCAGCUCUAUGUUCAUCACUGCAGGCUUACGCCUCUGCAUGUCAGGAUGCUCAGGUGGGCCUGGCUUCCUGGAGGAGCGCCACUAACUGCCCACUGCCUUGUCCAGAAAACAGUCACUUUGAAGAGUGUACAAGUGCAUGCCCUCUGACCUGUGCCAACCUGGAUGAGCCCAUGGAGCCCUGCCCUCUGCCAUGCCAGGAGGACUGCCAGUGUGAGGAGGGAUUCGCACUACGGGACGGCCUGUGUGUGGCACGCAGUGACUGUGGCUGUAUGAGCCAGGGGCGCCAGCUGGCCACCAAUCAGACGUUUUGGAGUGACUGGGAGUGUCAGGAGCGUUGCUACUGCAACGGCUCUGACAACAGUGUGUACUGUCAUUUCACACCCUGCCACCCUGAGGAGUACUGCCAGGAGAGCGAUGGCCUCUACUUCUGCCAGCCACGCACCGAGGCCCUAUGCGUGGCAGCAGGUUACGGGCACUUUCUGCCAUUCGGUGGCGUGCCGUUUGAGUUGCAGAGCUCCUGCACUCUAAGAAUGGCCACCACCAGCUGUGGGGUAGAGGCGGUCACUGAAACUUCUGGUACCUUCCCCAGAUUUAAACUGGGAGCUCGUAAUGAGGAAAGAGACACAGGCCAAGCAAUCUGGGUGAGAGGCUUUGUUCUGGAGGUCUACGAUUAUGAGAUCGAGGUGUCUCAAACCUAUAAGAACACCAUCACAGUGAAUAAGGAGCGUCUGUAUCUUCCUCUAAAACUGGGGCCAGGGAAAGUCAGCAUCUUCACUUCCGGCAUGCAACUAAUUCUGGAGACAGACUUUGGACUGAAGGUGGCCUUUGACUGGAACACUCUUCUCCUGCUCACCAUACCCCGCAACCUCUACAACACCUCUUGUGGCCUCUGCCAAGGCAUACCUUUAUUCUCACCCACUUUGACAACCACUGACUAUGGCAUGUCCUGGGCAGAGAGGGACACCUUCUGCCAAGUGGGUUGUGGAGACUCGUGCCCACGUUGUGGCAUGGCAGAAAAAAGCCUGUCCAAUGAUGCCCCACUUAUGGUGGCAGACGCAAACAUGAAUGCUGGUGCUGAGGAGGUGGCCGAUGAGGGCAACACAGGCAUGCGUUUCCACAUUGGUGAUGGGCUGUAUGUGUUUGUUGAGCCAGAGGCUGUGAGGCUGUGUGGGCUGAUUGCAGACCGAGGAGGUGUGUUUGCACGCUGUCACAGCAAGGUUGCGCCAGCAUUCUUCUAUCAGAGUUGUUUGCAAGACACAUGUUUGGACCAAGGAGCUCGGGACACCAUCUGUAACUGGCUGCAAAUCUAUGCCAGCACCUGUCAAAUCCAAGGAGUGCCUGUUUUUGGCUGGAGGAGUGACACACCCUGUGUCCAGAGCUGCCCACCAAACAGCCACUACUCCAGCUGCAUGUCAGUGUGCCCACCCCAGUGUGCCCCUGCCCGUGGCCAGAGAGAUUGCACCCAGGAUUGUGUAGAGGGAUGCCAGUGUGACCAGGGCUAUGUGCUCAAUGGCAAGAGUUGCAUCUUGCCUCAAAAUUGCGGCUGCUACACUGACAGCAAGUACUACGAGCCGAAGCAGCUGUUUUGGAACGGUGACUGCACCAAGCGUUGCCAAUGCAUCGGGCGAAACCUGAUCCAGUGUGACCCGCGCCGCUGCAAGGCAGAGGAAGAGUGCACCCUCCGCUAUGGUGUGAGGGGCUGCUUCACACGACGCUCCCAGCACUGCGUGGCCUCCGGUGGUGGGGUCUUUAAGACCUUCGACGGGGCCUCCCUGCGUCUCCCCGCCUCCUGUUCCUUCGUCCUGUCUACCAAUUGUCACAAAUUACCUGACCUCUCCUUCCAGCUUAUAGCCAACUUUGACAAGUGGAGCACACCUAACCUCACCACAAUCUCCCAUGUCUAUCUCUACAUCAAUGAAGAGAAUAUACUCAUCUCUGGCAGCACUGUCAAGGUUAAUGGCACACCGGUAUCGGUACCCUUUGUCACAGGGCUGAUGACACGUUUGUCUACUUCAGAAGGCUUUCUCGUCAUCGAUACACCCCAGGACAUCCAGGUACGCUACAACCGCUUCAACACGCUCAGCAUCACCAUGGGUCAGCGGCUCCAGAACAAGGUGUGUGGCCUGUGUGGGAACUUCAAUGGAGACCCCAGUGACGACUACAUCACCUCCAGGGGCAAACCAGCUGUCAGUGCCCUGGAGCUGGCCCAGAGCUGGAAGACCAAUGGUAUGCAGAACAGUUGUGAUGAGACCCAGUACGUGGCACUUGCCCAGUCCUGUGAGAACACAGCAGUGCUGGGGCUUCAGGGUGAAGACAGCUGCCAGAAGCUGACCCAGAUGAAGGGCUUUUUUCAGCCCUGCCACGGUCUGCUGGAUCCCCGACCUUUCUACCAAUCUUGCUACCUGGAUGGCUGCUACAAUCACCGCAAGGCUCAAGUCUGUGGCUCACUGGCAGCCUAUGCCGAGGCUUGCCGCUCCCUAGGCAUCCUGACCACCAAGUGGAUCACCCAAGAGAACUGCUCAGAAUGGAUUUAUGACCCCUGUGCAGGAGAGAUCUGUACAAACAAUACCUGUGAGCAGGAGAAUGGAGGGGACCUGUGUGGCUGUCCAGAGCUACCCAGCAGCCCCGGGGUGGAUGACGACAUCAUCCAGGCAGAAGUGGUCUGUAAGCAUGCACAGAUGGAGGUGUCCAUCUCGAAAUGUAAACUCUUCCAGCUGGGCUUUGAGAGAGAGGAUGUCAGGAUCAAUGACCAGCACUGCCCCGGCAUCGAGGGAGAGGAUUUCAUCUCCUUCCACAUCAACAACACCAAGGGACACUGUGGCUCCAUCGUACAGUCCAAUGGCACGCACAUCAUGUACAAGAAUACUGUAUGGAUAGAGAGUGUGAACAACACCGGGAAUGUCAUUACAAGAGACAAAACCAUUAAUGUCGAGUUCUCCUGUGCUUAUGAACUGGACCUCAAGAUCUCUCUGGAGACAGUCCUCAAGCCCAUGCUCAGUGUGAUCAACCUCACCCUUCCUACUCAGGAGGGCAACUUCAUCACCAAGAUGGCUCUGUAUAAGAAUUCCUCCUACCGCCAGCCAUACAGGGAGGGUGAGGUGGUGCUCAGCACACGAGACAUACUCUUCGUCGGGGUCUUUGUGGAGGGUGCAGAUGAAAACCAACUCAUCCUCAUCGUAAACAUGUGCUGGGCCACACCGACCCGCUACAGCAGUGACCGGCUUCGCUAUAUUAUCAUAGAGAGAGGGUGUCCAAACAUCAAGGACAACACCAUUGGUAUGGCGGAAAAUGGUGUAUCUCUCACCUGUCGCUUUCACAUAACUGUCUUCAAGUUCAUCGGAGACUAUGAUGAGGUCCACCUCCAUUGUGAUGUGUCCCUGUGUGACUCAGAGACAAAUGCCUGCAAAGUGAACUGUCCACACAACAGGAGGAUGUACUCAAAGAACAGUGAACAUAAACAGCACAUACUUUCUGUGGGACCCAUCAGAAAAAGAGAAUCUGACUGGUGUGAAGUAAACAAUGGUGGCUGUGAGCAGAUCUGUACCAGUAAGACCACUGGGCCUGUCUGCAGCUGUGUGACUGGGAUGCUGCAAAGAGAUGGCAAAAGUUGUCGGGGUGAGCAGAAAUGUGUGAACACAUAA